GCGGUUCUUACCAUCCCGUGAUGCCUUAGGUUAGAUGCCGUUGGAACUUGGCGGUCAGAUUAAGAUCAGGCGGCCCCGAAAGGGCAAUGAUUACCGUGCGUGACACGGGAGAGACACAUUAUUCAUACCCAGACUAUCUAUCCCGUAACUACCCAAUAACUAUGGAGUAAUACAUGUGAAACCGUGCUCAUAUUGGGUAUCAUCAUUACUUAUUCUUGCUGUUCCUGUGGGAGAAGCGUGAAAGGUGAAGGUGAAGAGUGCCUUUUAGUAGUGAACGGUGCUGUGUGAACUGUGGACCGGGCACGAGUGAUGAAUGGCGGGGAAGAAGCCGGGCCAAAACAGAUCGCCGAUAUCAUUGAAACCAACACACACCGCAACUACCAAGGGGGCAAGGUAUGAGCUCCAUCAAGGCAAGGAGUAUACUGUACUGUGUAGCGGCCUGAAUCAUUGGAUAAGAAAACUCAUCGUCAAGUUUCAACAUCACGACCAUGAGAUCACGGGGGCCGCAUUCCGCUGCGCAUUCCAUUCCAACACCUGCAUUCCGUUCCAACUGCCUGCGCAAUGGACGUUGUAUACAGGAUCGAUAGGCAGUGAGGCCUCUGCUUCUUGUCUCUUGUCCCUUGUCUCUGUCUCUCGGGCGUUGUGUGUUGCGUUGCGCGUUUUCAACGCACGUUUUCAAGAGGCCACCCCCGAGGGGCACGGAAUGUACUGUACUCCAAAGUACCUAAAAACUCUCAAGCCGGGCUCAGUCGUUGGGCGAGAGAGGUCCCGCGUGUUUGGGCAUCCUGCGCCGCUCGAACUCCUGCGGUGACAGCAGUGUGCACUCUGCAGAGCGGUGUACGUCUGCUGCGAGGUAGCGUAGUAGCACAUAUGCAGAGCGCAUGGCUAAAAAAGGAAGAAAAGGAACACGUCGGGAGCCGGGGGCCUCGGGGCGAGUGGGGUGAUUGGCGGAGGCGUGAAGAAGGAAAAA